AUGUGGAGCCCACUGUCUUACUACGGUGCUGGGGUCAGCGCGUGCGACAGAGGCAAUCAGUGGCAGCGGGCGCUGGUGCUGCUGAGCGAGAUGCGGGAGGCGGGCUUGGAAGCCGACGGCAUCACCUGCAGCGCUGGGAUCAGCGCGUGCGCGAACGGCGAGCAGUGGCAGCCGGCGCUGGUGCUGCUGAGCGCUAUGCAGGACGCGAAGAUGGAGCCCGAUACCAUAAACUCUGCUACAGUUCUGUCAUCAGCGCGUGCGACAUGGGCGAGCAGUGGCAGCGGGCCUUGGCGCUUUUGA